AUGUAUAAAAUUAUUUUGUGUGUGCUCUUUUUAAUGGUCCCUGGGAGCAUUGCUCAGGAUAACAUUGCUCAGGCUAACGCCACCGCUUCAAGUUCGAAUAUCAUUUGUGAAUUGUGCCAGGAUGCUCUUGAACUUCUCGCAACUCAGAUCAAUGUGCUCGAUCAUUUGACGGCUAAUGAUUUGGGAGGUUUGACUGAUGUGAGUUAACCUGAGCAAUCUAGGGCUUUAAUAUGAGCAAUGAAGGUUACAGAAUAUUUCUAUUAACCUGAGCAAUCGAAUAGCUAAAAUAGGUGAUCUUGCAGUUAAUCUGAGCAAUCCUAUAGAAGCCAAAAAAACCGCAAAAAUGAAAAAUGCGCUAAACAACAGGCAAGCCGUCAUUUAGCGGAGUGUCGUUGUGAAAAAUGCUUUUUUUUUUUGGAAAAUCGAUUUUUUAGUGAAAAUUGAUGGAAAAUUGGAAUUUUGGAGGGAAAUUUAAGAGUUUAAAAGAAAAUUGAUGAAAAUUCAGGUUUUUCUGUCUGAAAUUUGAAAAAAAUACGAUUUUUAGUGAAUUUUAAGCUGAAAAUUCCUUUUUUUCCCUAAAAAACACGAAAUUUCACUCGGAAAACGCGAAAAAAGAAAAAUGCGCUAAACAACAGGCAAGCCUUCAGCGGAGUGUCGUUGUGAAAAAUGCGCGUUUUUUUUUUUUUGAAAAAUCGAUUUUUGAGUGAAAAUUGAUGGAAAAAAUGGAAUUUUGGAGGGAAAUUUGUGAAAAUUCAGGUUUUUCUGGCUGAAAUUUGAGGAAAAAUACGAUUUUUAGUGAAUUUCAAGCUGAAAAUUCCUUCGGAAGCCUAGGGAAGCCUUGGGAAGCCUUGGGAAGCCUUCUGAAUCCCAAUUUUUCAGCGCCUCUGCUCUCUGGCUCCGCGUAAAAUCCCAAUCGUCGACACGUUGUGCACAGUUCUACGUGAUGAUCUGGUCGACGCCCUGAUUCGACUUGUGCGCGGUCUACAAAAACAGACGAGCCCCCAAGUGCUCUGCGGAUAUUUGAGCCAGUUUCGGGCCUGGCAUGUGACCAAAGCUCUGAAAGCUUCCAGGCAUUGCAACAUUCUAAAUGCUCCGGAAAAAAAUCUGGAGCAUCGUUAUUGA